AUGGACGGCUCUCACUGCUGUACAGUCUGUGGAGCCAUGCUCCAGAUAGAUGACGGUCACGACCUGUGUCCUGCCUGCCUUGGACAUGACCAUCUGGUGGAUGCCCUGUCAGAGAACCCCUGCAUGAAUUGCAGCUUCAUGUCGCAUGCUGUGAGGGUGGCCCGGCUGGCCCAGUUUCGCCCCAAACUCGGCGAUGACCUCCCGCCUUCUGGGCAGGAGGCUCCACCUAGGCGCUCGAAGCGCCGGACUGAGGCCGCAGUCUCUGUGGCCCCUCCUGGGAAGAAGCGAGCCAGGUCUGAUAGGGGCCUCUCCACAAGGGUGGAGCAGCUCUCCGCUGAAUUAGCGGAGAUGAAGUCCCUUUUUCAGGUACACCAACUGGGAACUGAACCAGUGGCAGCAACUGGACUCUCCUCCCCACCCAUGCCUGAACUGGCUGUGGAGGAAGAUGUGCUAUCCUUGGCUGCCUCUGCCUCUCACUUUUUAGGUGAGGAGGACGUGCAUUCAUCUCGAGUCUCAGAGACAGCUUCACUCUCUUCUUCUCGGAGUGCAGUUAGUGGGUCGGGUGACGGCUCGAUGCAGGACAUCAUGCGUAUGGCCCUGAGACAACUGCAGCUGGACGUCCCGCAACCAGAGGCGUCCACCCCUGGAAGUGCCUUCUUCAGGCGCGGACUGACCCCUCCUUCCUUUUCUGUCCCUCCAUCAGAGGAGUUCCUGAGGGAGUUGCAUGGUUGCUGGCGGGACCCCAAGGCCUUUGCGCGCCUCUCUGCAGAUGGCAGAGUGUUGGCGGCCAUGCAUGAGCCGGCUGCAGCAGGCUUGGAUCGCAUGCCAGCGAUAGAACCUGCUGUUGCCUCUCUCAUCGUGUCACCAGAUGAAGCUCUGCGCAGUCAUGUUCGGUGCCCACGAGCUCAGUGUCGUGUCACGGAUGAAUUCCUCUGCAGAGUCUAUGCCGCCGGAGCGCGUGCUGGCCGCCUAGGGACUAGUGGUGCGACAGCAGCGAUGGGCUUUAACGAUGCAGCGCUUCAGGCCUUUGCACUAAUGACGAGGGAGCUUGGGCGUGUGAUGUCCUCCUUGGUCCAAGCUCGCCGACAGUGGUGCCGGGGGAGUUGUUCGGUUCGGCUGCCUUGGAAGCGCUGGAACGGACUGUCCAGGCACGACAGAGAAUGCAGCAAUUUUCGAGCCUUAGCAGGCCAAUGCCCCCUCCACCUCCUCGGCAUCCAAGGCGCCUGUCGGCUGGCUCCAGCAUGCAGCCGCCGCCUGGGGGUCAUAACCGGCUGGGUGGUCCUUACCCUCAUGCGGUUCAGCAAAGGCCCAGCAGGAGCUUUCGUGGGUUGGUCCACCGACCAGCUGGGCAGGCUCGGACCAGGGACUCUGGCUGCCGCCCCCCCACGGCCCCUAGGGGUCGUGGAGGGAGACGGUGAUGCCAUCAGGCCGACCGUCAGAUAUUUCUCCCACCAGCAGCUCAGCUAUUGGGUUGCUCACGCCGUGGACCCAUGGGUGGUUGCCACUCUGACCCAUGGUUACCGGCUACAGUUCCGACGGCGGCCUCGUAUCUCAGGCCGGGUCAAGAUGACUGUAAUCGCCGACCCGGUGAAAGCUCAAGCACUAGACCAGGAACUUUCCGCCCUCCUGGCCAAGGGCGCAAUAGAGGCAGUGGACCCUCUGCAACAACCCAGGGGCUAUUACUCGACUUACUUCCUUGUGCAAAAGAGGACGGGCGGGUUUCGUCCCAUUUUAGACCUGAGGGGACUCAACCAGUACCUAAAGGAGCUGCCCUUCCACAUGCUCACAACAGCAGAAGUCCUUCAAGCUGUCACGAGGGAAGAAUGGUUCACGUCUGUAGACCUGAAGGAUGCAUAUUUUCAUGUGCCUAUUGCGGCAGAACAUCGCCGCUUUCUCAGGUUUGCCUAUCGGGGUCACCACUGGCAGUUCCGGGUACUUCCAUUCGGGCUCUCUCUCUCCCCAAGGGUGUUCACUCGGUGCGUGAAGGCAGCCCUCUCUCCUCUGCAGGCCUGCGGAGUGAAGAUUCUGCCGUACUUAGACGAUUGGCUUCUCUGCGCCCCGUCUCAGGCCUGUGCCUUUCACGACACAAACCGCCUGCUCGCUCAUAUGUCCCAGUUGGGCCUCAAUGUCAACCUGGAGAAGAGCUGCCUGAUCCCUUCCCAGACGACCACCUUUCUUGGGGUGGUUCUGGAUUCAUCUUCAAUGAGAGCUCGCCCAUCCGCUCAAAGGGUGGCCGGCAUACUCCAGCUGGUCAAUCGGUUCAGGCUGGGCAAGCAGCUCCCCUAUGUUGCCUUCCUGCAACUACUCGGCAAGCUGACAUCAGUCACUCGGGUGGUGCCCUUAGGCCUGCUGUCACUUCGCCCCUUGCAGAGGUGGCUCAACAGCUUUCGCCUGGAUGCCAGGCUGCACAGGCAUCGCAAGCUCGCAGUGACGUGGUCAUGUCUUCGUGCCUUGACUCCAUGGAGGGACGAAGAUUAUUUGUCCAGGGGUGUCCCCAUGGGAGUGGUAGUGUGUCGCAGGGAAGUGGUCACGACAGAUGCCAGCUCCAUGGGAUGGGGGGCUGUAUGGAAACGCAGAGCGGUUCAGGGCCGCUGGGGUCAAAGAGACCAUUCCAAGCAUAUAAAUGUGCUGGAGCUGCGUGCAGUGCACUUGGCACUCAGGCACUUCCUGCCUCACCUGGAAGGGAGGCAUGUACUUGUUCGGUCAGACAACACCUCUGUUGUCUACCACAUCAACCAUCAGGGGGGCACCAGGUCAGCACAACUUCUGAGUGUGUCCAGAGAGCUCCUGGAAUGGGCCUCUCCUCGCCUGUCCACCCUGCGGGCAGCGUACUUGCCAGGGCGACACAAUCAGGUCGCAGAUUUUCUCUCCCGCCAAGAGUCCCCUCCGGGAGAGUGGUCCCUCCACAGAGACAUAGUGCUGAUGAUCUGGGACCGUUUUGGUCAGGCAGAGAUAGACCUGUUUGCGACGGAAGAGUCGACUCAGUGUCCCCUAUGGUACUCUCUUACGGGGGCGUCGGGUGCGCUAGGCCAGGACGCAUUGGCUCAUCCUUGGCCAAGGGUCCUUCUAUAUGCCUUUCCACCCCUUUCUCUAAUUUGGCCAACCCUUCAGAGAGUCCUCGAGGAGGGCCACAGGAUGCUGCUGGUGGUUCCGUAUUGGCCAGCGCGACCAUGGUUCCCACUGCUACGAAGUCUAUGUCAGGGCGUUCCAUGGUGUCUUCUGACCAGAAGGGACUUGCUGUCUCAGUUGGGGGGACUGAUAUGGCACCCCAAUCCUCAACGUCUUUGGCUGUGGGUGUGGCCACUGCAAGGCUAG